AAACACAGAGACCCCAAAAAAGAAAAAGAACACCCAAACGCGAAAGACGAAUCCGAAGAAGAAAGGGAAGAAACGCGAGACGCGAAACGCGAAAAAUCGUUGGAAUCGCGAUGAGCGAGCACCCACGGUUGCAGAACCUGCGUUCCACUGCACAAGUUCUCAGAGAAGCAACUUCGUCGUUCUCUUCGAACCUCGUAACGUUCCUUUUGCUUUCGCUUCUCAUACUUUCGUUUCGCACCGUUGUGGAGAACGGAACCUCUCAUGUGACCUCCUUUAUCGACCGCGAUCCUUCCCUCAAGGCUUUACUCUCACGCCUCGACCUCGCCGGAAACGGCCCCAACCACCACGGCGGGCGCCUGCGCCAUGACGCUUCUUCCUCCAUCCACCGUCACCGCCACCACCUCCACCGCCGCCGCCGUCCCUUUCUCCACCUCACAAGAGUCGGAACCCUAGAUGAUGACUUCUUCUCCGGCGACGACGACGACGGCCGCACGCUCUUCGGCUCUGCUCCUAAAUCCGCCAUCAACGGCAGUCAUGUCUUCUUCGGACCCUUCAGUCUCGAAUCAGGGUUCUCGGAUCUCGUCAUUGACGAUGGAAUUAGGGUUUCGGAGGUAGUUCGCUCUGGAAUCACGUUCAAAGCCGACGGGUUAACUUUCGCCAGCGAUGAUAAAGAGCGCGGUAGCUACGAGGAGGAAGAAGAAAGAGGAGAUAAAGAUGAGAAGAAGAAGAAGAAGAGCGAGAAGGGUGAUUUAGGGAAUGGAGGGCAAGAAAUCGAGAAAAGUGUCGACCUUCAAUUCUUUGUAAAAGGGUUGGAAGUUGGUCGCCGUGACGCGGCCGCACUGUUUUUCCUUGUGAGCUUUCUCUCUGCCGCUUAUGGAUGGGUAAUUUUGGUUUUCCUUGUUACGUAUUCGUGGGUACUAGGUGUUGUGUUUGUUGCUGUUGUUAAUGAUCUUGUAGGAAGAUUUUGUUCUGUCACUGGUUUGAUCUGGGAUGGUUCCAGAUUGGGACUCAAGAGGCUCUCUGGUUUCAUCCUUAUGCGGUGGGCUGUGAGGGAUGCAUUGACUCAGCUUCUGGGUUUGUGGUAUUUUGGGGAGAUUGAGGACCAGUACUCGUUCUUCAAGCUGUUUGUUAGGUUGAAAUUGAUGCCAUUUUCGGUUAUGUCGCCGUGGGUUAGAGGCUUUGAGAAGGAGAUUUCUGGGUUCUUGUUCACUUGGUUUUUGGUUGAUACCUUUGUGGCUUUUAUAUUCUCUGUUGAUGCAUGGGUUGCCAUAGCGGAUACUAGGAGGAGUGGGAGGGAGAUUGUUAAGGAAGGAUGUUAUUUGAUAACUACAAUGUUGAACCAGGCUAUACAGAUUAAGUGCCUGGAAGCUAUACUUUGUGGGUCGAUGAUGAGGUGGAUUUUAGGCCGGUAUUGUGGGAGGUCUUUUGCCAAGAUGUUUCAGUCGACUAUGGAGGUUUACUUCAUGGUUGCUUGGCUUGUGUUUUACUUUGCGGCUAGAUGCAGGGAUGCGAGUCUACAGGGUAGGAGAUUUGGGCACCGAGAAUUGGAGGGAAUAAUUGAUGGUCAUAGAUGAUACUUGACGGUGAUUAGAUGACAGCUUGUCAUGCAGGGUUUUGUUCUCUAAGUGUAAUGAACUAAUGAACAAUUAGCAGCAAUCUUUCACUGGUUUAUAUCCAACUUCAGCAGUCUGUCUACCAAUACUGCUGAUCUGUAGUUUUGUCACCAAGAGUGUGUGCAAUGUGCCUUGCCUGAAGGCCAAUAUACUUCUUGUGUAUAUUCUGAAUGAGGAUUCUUCAUCUGUAUAUUAUUCAUGAAAUCAUUCAAUUAGUUCACACAUUAUGUGUUGGUGAUGAUGAUAGUCACAGAUUACAAUGUUUGAGAAAUGGGGAAUGGACGAAUGGUAAUGUUUUUUCUCCAUGCAACAUGGAGUUUUGUUAUGAUGACCAAUGUAGCUAUGUAGCUUGUUUUUUUUAUUUGAUGUUAAUGUUACAUAUUUUCGUGAA